AUGCCGUCUCAACCCCCACUACCGCCCCUCAUCGCUCCAUAUGUAUCAGCCCAGCCUGAGUCUUCACUCACACUGAUAACAUCGAUCCUUGGGGCGACAUCAAAUUGGCUAGUGCUCAGAUUCCUACACCCAGCUCUCAGCACAUCACCAAACCCCAAUGUCUCUUUACGUUUGGAUGAGCAACAGAAUGAUGCCAAGAAGAAGGUUGUCCUGGUGAGCUUCUUGCGCGGAUGGGAAUUCUGGAGAGCAGAGGCAAAGAGACUGGGCUUGGAUCUCGCACGACUAGCAGAUAAGAAACAAUUUGCUUUCGUGGAUGGACUAUCUGAACUAUUCUCUGUACCCCAAACAGCAAAUGCUGCCAGUCCCUCACCUUCGAACUCAGCCAUCCCACCACGCACUUCACUUCCACUCCGGGGCCCAUCUGGCCCUGUGCCUGGGAGAGGACCAGCACCGGCACCAGCCACUACCUUACCCACAAGUGCAACUGGAAGUGCGACAAGAAACCAAGCAGAUCCAGGGAUUGCGAAGAAGUUGCGCUUCACAGGUCGUGGUACCGCAGCCUUAGAUGCCCUGGAGAAGGACAUAGUCGCUGUCAUCGACCAACUAAAAGGCUCCAAUGAUAGCAGCGAGGAAGUACUUUUGAUCAUUGAUCAACCAGAUUUCCUUCUGGCCGCUACAGGCCCAAGUUCGGGUAUCGGAGCUACGGAGAUGAGCGAAUGGAUCACAGGUUUACAGCAGGCUGCUCAUGCAACUGUUAUGACGAUUGCUGCCGAUUCCCCGCUAAUUCACAAUGCGCCUGCUGCUGGAAACCAGGGAGCUACGCCGGUAGAAGGGGAGCAUGCUGCUUUUGCUAUUGGGUCGGCGCAUAGGGCAAGGUCGGUUAUGCAGCUUCGAACUUUGGAGACUGGUGCCGCGAGGGAUGUGAGCGGAGUGUUGAGAAUCAGUCGCGGAGGCGGAUUGAGUGCUGGUGGCGAUACGUUGUAUGAACGGGAACUGCUGUAUUAUAUCCAACGGGAUGGCGGAGUGAAGGUGUUUGGUCGUGGAGAGUCCUGA